UCCCCAAAACAUCACCCACAAAGGAAAAAACUGUUGGACUCAAUUCCUAUGCUUUGUUACCAAAAAAUCAUAAAAUCCAGAUGAACUCAGAAGAUAUAAGCGGCUCCGGCAGAAGAAUAGGCGCCGAGAGCGGUGGAGGAUGGGCGAGAGCUUGCGACGUGUGCCGGGGAGCCCCAUGCUCGGUGUUCUGCCGCGCCGACGAAGCCUACCUCUGCGCGAGCUGCGACGCUCGCGUGCACGCUGCCAACCGAGUCGCCUCACGCCACGAGCGCGUCUGGGUCUGCGAAGCCUGCGAGCGGGCCCCGGCCACCCUCACUUGUCGCGCUGACAACGCCGCUCUUUGCCCCGCUUGUGACGCCCAGGUCCACUCGGCCAACCCACUCGCACGCCGCCACCAGCGCGUGCCUAUUCUCCCCAUCCAGCCCGGCAGGCUCAUUCUUGGCCCUGAUUUCCCCCAGGUGACUGAUAGAGAAACCAAUGAAGUAACCUGUGAGGACGAAGACGAAGCUGCCUCUUGGCUUCUCCCUGAGCCUGCUAAAAACAAUGUGGAGUUUUUAUUCGACGGUGAGGUCGAUGAGUAUUUGAAUUUUGCUGAGUAUAACAACACCCUUAUUGGAGAAUGUGAGUGUGUUGUGCCAGUGCAACAACAACAACAACAACAUCAAGCUCAACAACAAGAACUACAAGAACAACACCAGAGCUAUCAAAUGGAGAUGGAGUAUGAGGUGCCCAAGCCUGGCUUCACUUACACUGCUUCCCUUAGUCACAGCGUUUCUUUAUCAUCAAUGGAGGCAAGUGUAGUACCAGAUACAACCAUGACUGAUAUCUCAAACUGCCGCAUAAGGCCAGCAAAAGGGACCAUAGACUUGUUCUCAGGAGCUCCAAUCCAAAUGGCAGCACAAUUCACUCCCAUGGACAGAGAAGCCAGAGUUCUCAGAUACAGGGAGAAGAAGAAGGCCCGGAAAUUCGAGAAGAUGAUACGGUAUGCUUCGAGGAAGGCUUAUGCCGAAACCAGGCCUCGAAUCAAAGGCCGGUUUGCGAAGAGGUCUGAGGUUAAGCUCAAAGUAGCUGAUCAGACGUUCUCUGCAUCUAUGGUUUCUGAAAGUAGCUAUGGCAUUGUCCCCUCUUUCUAAUAGUAGUAGCAGUAGAAGAUUAGGAGUGCUUGCAGAAGAGUCAUACAGCUAUUUGGGAGACUUCUUACCGUCUCUUCCUUUUUCUCUAGGGUUUAAUUGUUUAAUGCAAUGAACACUUUAUGCUGA